CGAGUCAACAUUCGCCGAUGGCUGGCUCGCGUACGUGGCGCUGACUGGACCUCGUCACCUGGCCUGCAUGAUAUGUCUCAGCCCAACCUUCACCAAAGCAUAAUAAGUAGCCCUGGUCGUUGCCUCUCGUAUGCUCACUCAUAGACUUCUCCUGCAUCUGGUGAACCUCCAGACCACACCUCACCGUUGACACACCACAGCAUAGUCAGUCACAUUGACUUUUUGGGUUCAAGGGACAGAAUGGGACGACGCAAAGCACUUCUCAUCGGCAUCAACUACUUCGGGUCACAGCAUCAGCUCGCAGGAUGUAUCGACGACGUACGCAACAUGCAAGAAUUUCUCGCGUCAAGGACUUACAGCAACCACGCAAGAGACAUGGUCGUCUUGACCGAUGACAGCGACCCACGGGGCCCCUACUUCCCAAGCGUGCAUAACAUCAUUGCCGCCAUGCGCUGGCUGGUUAGUGAGCCUGAGACCAUGUGUUUCUUGCAUUACUCGGGCCACGGCGGUCAGGUUCCUGACCAGGAUCGCUAUCGGUCGUCUGGGUUCGAUGAUACGAUCGUACCUGUUGAUUUCGAGGUAAAUGGUCAAAUACCCAGCGGCGCACUGCACCGGAUGCUGGUUAGCGCUAUGCAUCCGUCAAGCACGCUGUUCAUACUAUUUGAUUGUUGUCACAGUGGGUCGGCAGUCGAACUUCCUUACGUUUACAGGACCGACGACGACGGAAACGUAAAUUUGAUGGAUAAUUUGAAACAAGGCGCGGAGCUUUUCGGUGAGGCGGCUCAUCUGAUUCGAGGAGACAUUGCGUUCGAUGAGGUCGGUGAAGCGCGGCAUCUACUUGCUGGGGCGACCAGCUUUUUCAGAUCCUUGAAACAUCAGUACGAUGGCGACGACCGUGAAGGACUGCAGGAAGAUGGCGAUUUCGAUGCUUGGGCCCAGGAGGGCAAGAGUGUGUUCAUGUUCUCGGGAUGCAAAGACGAACAGACGUCUGCUGACGCGUUCAUCAACGGGCGCCACGUUGGAGCCAUGUCAUGGGCCUUCCUGGAGACAAUGAAGAUGGAUUACAACUGGAGUGUUUCUUAUGUGCAGAUUUUGCAGAAUACGAGGGACCUAUUGCAGCAGCGUUACUCACAGAUACCUCAGCUGUCAUGUGGUUACCAGUUCAAUCUGAAUAGUCCAUUCAGGAUAUAAAUGACGAGGCUCGACCUUUUUGCCAAAGGUUCAAGAACGAAUUGACAAUUAAGAGGCUAGAAGGCGACUUUAAGCCG